CAGAAUCUUGAAAUAAAGUUUCCUGAAAAGAGGAUAAUUUAAUCUUCUCAAAGGCAAACACUUUGAAAGCUAAAAAUGUUUGUUUCCUUCGAAUUAAACCCACUCCAAUGCUCGAGUGCUUCGUCCAUGGCGGUGGUUUAAUGAUCAAGGGCUCUGUUUUUUAUGCAAGCGUGGCGGUCAGCAGAGGAGGGCGUACUGUCUGAGCCAGGACGAAAUUCGAUACAGAUUGGUACUUCUGUUGCAAGCAUUGAUGAGAUACAUAGUGGCUGGUCUUGGAGGCUGAAGCCCAAAGUACAAUUUCUGGAGAUAUUUGAACCUGCAGCAAGAGGAGCUAAUUCAGGAUUUGGCUGUUCAGAAGUUGGAGAGACAUGGAUCGUGUAAGUGACAAAGACAAGUUUGCGGUAGAGAAGAGCAAUGGUGUUAAUAAUGUGAACUAUGAUUCAGGUAACACGCCUGCAGAUUGGCGGGUCUGUGUUUCAAAUCCAGUGUCUAUGUCUAUGGGUUCAUAUCCUCCAGAGAAUCCGAUGUCUUCUGCUUGUGCAUCAUCUUGUUCUCCAUCUCAGAUGAUGGAUUCACUUGGGCAAGCUCUUUGGCAUGAUCCCAACAGUGUUCAGACUAAUGGGUUUGCCGGAUUCAGUGUCCGGAUUAAUACGGGUUCCUCGAAUGUAAUGGGUGUUGCAAAUGGGAAUCUUCCGUCUUAUAGGAAUAGCAUUGAUAGAUCUCUUGAAAUGGGUUGGAAUCUUCCUAAUUUGAUGCCUAAAGGCAAUGGUUUUCUCCUGCCAAAUCCAAGUGGAUUCCUCCCACAGAGCAUGGUUCAGUUCCCAGCUGAUUCAGGUUUCAUAGAGCGUGCAGCUAGGUUUUCGUGCUUCGGUGGUGGGAAUUUUAGUGAUAUGAUGAACCAACCUCUUGUAGUUUCUGAAUCAAUGGGGUUAUAUUCUCAAGUAGGUGGAACAAUGCAAGGGCUGCAGGAUAUGCAAGUGGGAGCUAUAGCCGAACUAGCUCAUGGAGGACAAUGCCUGAGAAAUGAAGUAAAUAUUGGUGAACUUCCGAAGGGUGCUCCUACAUCAGUAAAAGAGGGGUUUAAGAAUGCUGCGGGAAUUGAAGAAGCUCAAGUAGAUAAACCCGGAUCUAGUAAUAUGUCUAAUGAAACUCGGUCUAGUGGUGGAAGUGGUCUCAAUGAAUUUCAAGAUGGGAAAGUGAGAUCUGGGGAAAAUUCUUCCAAGCGCUUUGAUACGAAAAAACGGAAAAGAAAUGGGCAGGAAUCUGAGCCUAAUCAGCUGCGUAAGACUCAACAGUCAGGUGAAGAGCCAGACAACAAUGGUGAUAAAAGGCAAAAGGAUGAGCAAAAUACCAAUUCACCUGCUAACAAGACAAGUGGUGGUAAACAAGGAAAACAAGCUUCUGAUCCUCCUAAGGAAGGAUAUAUUCACGUGAGGGCUCGAAGAGGCCAGGCCACAAAUAGCCAUAGUCUUGCGGAAAGAGUAAGGAGAGAAAAGAUCAGUGAAAGGAUGAAGUUUCUUCAAGAUCUUGUACCGGGUUGCAAUAAGGUCACAGGGAAGGCAGUUAUGCUCGAUGAAAUCAUUAACUAUGUCCAAUCUUUGCAAAGACAGGUCGAGUUCUUAUCGAUGAAACUUGCUACCGUGAAUCCACAGCUGGACUUUAACCUCGAAGGGCUCCUAGCUAAAGAAGCCCUUCAGCUAGGACCCGUUCCUUCAUCUGCACCGUCAUUUUCACAAAAUAUGCCAAUGGCUUAUCCUUCUCUACCACAUCUCUCUCAACCGGGAUUCAUCCAAGCGACACUUUCUGGCAUGGGAAAUCCGUCUGAUGUCCUUAGGAGAACCAUUACUUCCCCAUUGUCUCCAGUGAAUGGAGGAGGAUUCAAACGACUGGAAACACAUGGAUGGGAGGGUGAUCUGCAGAAUGUUGUUCACAUGAGCUAUGGAACCAGCGCUCCACCUGAAGACCAAGAAGCAAGUGCCACAGAAUCUCUUCCACCAACUGACAUGAAGGUCGAGCAGUGACGUUUCUACCAUCUCGUAAUAUUUGAUCCCCAAGUAGUAAUUACGUGUUGUUCGCUGUACUAACACAAGCAGAGCAAUUGAAAUGCUGCCUAGUCGAAUGUGGGAAACAAGAAAGAGGAAGAAAGAAGAAAUUGGAUCAUGUUUCUGUAAUCUUGUACAGCUCGGGGAAGAAAGACUAAGCAGCACCUCUUUCAUGUUAUUGCCACGCAUUCUGGUUGAUUCCCAAGUGGAAAAGAGAGACACAAGUGAAAGCCCUUCUGUAUUGGGGAGGCAGAUUCUUGGUGAUAGAAAGAUUUCUCAAUCUCUCUCUCUCUCCGUGUGUUUGUUUGUAUAGAUAGGUGAAUCAUAGAAGUGAAAUUUGUAUGUGAUCAACAGGAACAAUGGCGUUUGGCUAACUCUGUUCUGUAAUUUCUUUCUGCAAUACAAUACAUAGAGCAGCAAGAGAGAAAUUUCACCUUU